UUGUUGCUUACUGCCGAGCAGCGUGGUGAGAGCGAGGAGCGGCCCGCGGCUCUCAUUCAUACCGACAAAGAAAAACACAAAAAAAAACAGGCAGAAACGCCGUUUAACUCGGACACAUUUCUGCGGAAGAUGCCUUGCCGGAAGGAGAACUACAUCUUUCUGGAGCAGUCCGUCACCGUCGACUCCAAGGAGGUGGACGCGCUGGUCACGAAAAUCGGCGAGGCGCUGCAGCUCCACAACAAUAGCGGCAACCACCAGAAGACCAUGUCCGUGUCGGUGUCGUGUCUCCACGGGCUCAGCGGCGGCGGCAGCGGCGGCGGCGGCGGUGGUGGCGUCAAACCGGCGACCCUCCUGAGCGGCGAGGCGGCCAUGCAGAAGCGCCACGGCUGCUGCAUGCGGCUCCGGAACCGGGGGCACCGCGGCGGCAGCAGCAGGGCGAGCCCGUACAACAUCCCCGGGUCCAGCGACCAGGAGUGGGACCACAUGAAGCCCUGGAGCAAAAAGCGCAUCAGCGUGGAGGAGGACGACCCGCACCGGCUGCUGCAGGAGCUCAUCCUGUCGGGGAACCUGAUUAAAGAAGCCGUGCGGAGGCUGCAGGACUGUGGAGACUUCCCCAAGGCGGCCGACAACGUGCCGUGCUGAUGUUGAGGCGACACGGACACAACCUUACCUCCCAGCCGAGACCUCUGGACACACACGGACUGAGACUAUUUACAAAAAAAAACAACAAAAAAGAAAGAAAGAAAAUGUCUAGAGUAACUAUUAAAUGUCACAGGAUCGGUAGCUACGUUUUUCUAAAUGCAUCCGUUUUUUUCCUCCAUCCGGUCCCCCCUCCUCCUCCUCCUCCUCCUCCUCCCCCCAACCAUUCGCUACGGCUAGCCGCCCGGCUGUCAGCCAUGUUGUUUAUGUUUGAACGUCUCCCUGUGGGUCACACGUUCAGGGAAGUGCUCGCUGUACCUGCCCGGGGACGGACGGAGCGAAGCGCCACCUGAGGGGCCUGGAAGCUGCGAGGUCAGGCCGGCCUCCUGAGCCCUGAGAGGGGGGAGCACAACACAAAGCUCCUCCUGACUGCGGAGCUCCGUCUGUCUGUUUGACUUGUGAACAGAGACGGGAAGUCUUACACACCGCAGCCCUGCUUCACUUCAUGUUAUUGUGGGGUCAGGGGAGUGUGUGUGUGUGUGUGUGUGUGUGUGGAAAUUAUGGCUGAAGUGUAAACUUGCCAUUCCCAGAUCACUGAUUUGUGUGUGUGUGUGUGUGUGUGUGUGUGUGUGUGUGUGUGUGUGUGUGUGUGUGUGUGGUAGGGCUGCACGUUAUGGACAAAAUGCCACAUGAGUUCACACUUAUUUGAAAUGUUGAGCGUGACACCAGUGAGAAUGGAGCUUUAUUCAAAUGGAUGGAGAAAAUGCUUCUUUUUUUUUUUUUCAUCUGUUUUAUUGACCAGAACAGAUCAAUCAGUGUCUCAAGCUAAACUCUAAAUUUGAUUUUGUCCAUAUCGUUGCGUUUUGAGGCGGUAAUAUCGCUCAUGUUCAUAUCUAGAGGAGGAUAUGAUAGUGAGCCGUGGUUCAGCCCGGGUGUGUUGUGUGGGAGGUUUGUUCCCUCUGACUUUGUUUACAGUCUGUGUUGCUGGGUGUUACAGAGCAGAGGAAGUGCCUCCCCUCGUUUUGUUUUGUUUUUGUUUUGUUUUUUCUCAUGUCAGGUUGGGUUUGUGAAGACGGUUUGCCUCUUUUUAGUCCAUGUGCCAUGAAAGUCCAGGAGCGAGCAGCUGCUCAUUUAGCUCAACUUCAGCCAGAGAGGGGGAACUAAUCAGGAAAACGAGCCUCUGUUGUGUUGCUGUGCAGAGGAAGAACCUGCAGCUCUGUUAAUGGCAGCUUGGCAUUUUCUUCUUUAAAAAAAAAAAAAAAAAUCACAGGGGGACACACACGACCAUCUCACCAUGUGGGGGGGUUGGGGGAAAAGAAAAUGUGGUGUUUUGUUCCCACUUGGGCUGGGUGAUUUGUAACGUGUACUAUCUUGUUUGUAAUGCUGGGAAAAGGUCGGCCAUCACACGACGACAGUACUUUGUGGUGCUUCACCUUUUUUUUUUUUUUUUUUUUUGGGUUGAGAAUUCCAGUGUGGAGUUCAUUUCAUUUUCCUCGUUUCUCUCUGUGUAAAGAAAAUCACCAUGACUGCUUCGUAACGAAGUAUUUUAUAAUGUGCCUGAGUAUUCAGGGCUUUUUUUGGUGUCUUAAUAAACACUUUUUUCCAAA